UGCUUUCCCUCGCCUCGCCUCGCUCCCCACCUGUUGGCCCGUCGUUUCGCUCCGUUCGCCAUGGGCAAAUACAACCUCACGGCUCUGCGCGUUCGCCAGACCGCCAUCCAGCAGAAGCUCGCCGGCAAGAUCUCGAGUGUGCCUUCCUGGGUUCACGCCAUCGCCGAUAUCCCUCCGGCCCAGGUCCUCGUCCGAAACCAACCACAGCAGCAUGAAUUGGUGCGCCAGCGAUUGAGGACGGUGCCGGGGUCCGCGGAGCCGCAGGUCGUUUUCGAAACCCAGGAGAAGCCCAAGAAGCCGAAGAAGGCGAGCCGCAUGUUCCAACCCGUUCAGAUCAAGUACGAGGAAGACCAGCUGCGACAGGAGUUUUUCCGCGAUCAUCCCUGGGAACUGGCCAGACCUCGUGUGCUGGUUGAAACGUCCGGCAAUGAUUUCACCCGACACAACUGGCGCCAGCUGCAGCAGAAGGGUAGAAAGCUGGACGGAGAGAGUGUUAUCCAACGACAGCUCUGGCUCCUCAACAACGUUACCGACAUGACCAAGAGUGAGGCCUACGAUAUCGCUCGUCGCGAAUUCUACCGUCUUCGACUGCAGGAGGACAUUGAGCGACGAGUUGCCGCCGAAGAAGCCGAAGCCACCGGUGCCACCUUUGGACCGACCCGCCUGCAAGUUGGUAUGGAACUUGAGAACAAGGAGUACGAGCGCUGGAAGGAAUGGGCCAAGCUGCAGGCCCAGCUUCAGGGCCAGAGGGCGGCAAACUUCGCUGGUGCUCCAGACACGGGAGCGGAUGAUCUAUUGGAAGCCGAUGAAGGCGAGGAGAACACGGCCGAAGUGGCAUGAGAUCGGACAUCAAAAGAGGGAUUGGUAUAAUAUUUUCGCUCAGUUAGCCAGAGGGGGCUCUGUACACCUUGAUGGUUCAUGUAUAGUACGGGAUUGUUUUUUUUUUUUUUUUUUUUUUAUGUU